AUGAAUACUCCAAUUCCUAAAAUAAGUAUCCCUGAUGAUCUUCAGUAUGCUAAUAUAACAAAAGCAUAUACUACUCUCCAGCAAUCACCAACUUUAACGAAUUGGGAAUCACUCUUCAGUGAAUACACCACCUAUACCAACAGCACAUCUUCUUACGACCCUCAAUUGAAAACAGCAGUAUUCGACAGCUACAACCAUUUCGUCCAGACCUACCCAUACUAUGUUAGCCACUGGAAGAACUGGACCGCAUUAGAAUAUAAAAUGAAUGGAAUCGAACUGUCUCUUAAGGUGAUGCGAUUGAGUGUCGAGUUAUAUCCUUGUGUUGACCUUUAUGUUGAUUAUCUUGCAGCAUUGAUUCAAAAUGGCAGUGAAGAUGUCAAGCAAGUGUAUAUGCAAGCAUUGGAGAACAACGAGUUUGAUUUUAACGGUGAAUUGCUCUGGGAUAAGAUCUUCGAAUACGAGAAAGAUCCAGAGACUAUAUUGAAGUUAUACUUGCGAGUGAUUAAAGUGCCUUGCUAUGCGUAUGCCAAGUAUUAUAAUCAAUUUAUCAAAAUUAGUAAAUCUUAUGAUAUACGGUUAGUGAUAAGUAAAGAUGAAUUGAGCGGGUAUUUGAGUAGGUUUGACAAAUCUAAUGUGGACGAAUUGUCAUUGGUUGAGAAGCAUCAGAUUGUUGAUGAUUGGUCUUAUAACUGUUUCAUCAAGACCCAAGAGAAAGUCAAUGCUAUAUGGAAAUAUGAAAGUGAGUUGCUAAAUCAAAAGUAUACCCUGGACAUCGCUGUAGUUAAAAAGGAACAAAAAGUAUGGAUGGAGUAUAUCACUAGUGAGAUCGAGGUUUACAACAAGGAUUCCAAUGAAGACGAAUUUAAACUCAUAGCCAACCUAUUCCAACGUUGUCUUAUACCUAAUUGUCAUGACGAAUCUAUAUGGGUCAAGUAUUUAAAGUUUAUUAAUAACAAGUCAAACUUUGAUAAACUUAGUCAAGUACAUCAGUUAUCUAACAAGUUUAUCCCAUUAACUCAGAAUAACUUACGAUUUGCAUAUAUCUACUUGCUAAUCAAGUAUAGUCAGACACAGGAUAUUAUAUUCCAAUACUUUAUCGAUUUGUUGAAACUAUUCAAUAGUUACAAAUCAGGAUACUUACAAACCAUUAAUGAAUUAAUAGCUUAUUUGCAAUCCACCAACAGGUUUAAUGUCGACCAACUAAUUAAUGAAUAUUUGGGAAGCAAAAAGAAACAGCGCCAAGCCGACAAUAAUUUCAUACUAUCCAUUUUCCAACCAUAUUUUACCGAUGACGCCAUGUGUCUAAUAAUAACGGCAUAUUUACCUACUUUAUCCGAUCCUAGACCAUUCUUUGCAUCCAACUACAAACAUAAGCUAUUUACCAGAUCUAGUGCUAUUGGAUUUUGGAAGUUCUUUUUCGAAUACGAGUCACUAAAGCACAACCUCACCAAUGUUAAUUUUAUCCUUAACUAUAUUAGAACCAGUCUAUCCUUUCCCAAGAUUGUCCUUGAUCAAUUUACAGAUAUGGCAUACGAAUUAUCAACAGCAAACAUACUUAGUGAGUUACACACCAAUCAUGGAAAGUCAAAUACAGAAAUUAUAAAGCGAGACUUGAGGAAAUCAAAUUCUGCUUAUUAUGGAGGUGUGAAAGGAUCGGAGCAGUUGGUUAGACAGAUUGGCCAUCCUACAAUUAUGAUGGAUGCUACACCUCAAAUCACUAAUUUGACAACAGUUGAUUUGUCAAGUGAUGCGGUUGAAGUUUCAGCCUUCCCUACUUUUAGGAAUGUAGAAAAAGCUGCGUUACCUGUAAAUUAUCCAGAGGCAUAA